AUGGCACAGAAUCCAGACAAGUCGGGCAUAACGCUAGAUUCGCGGAGAUUUAUGACUGGCCACCCCUGGUCUGCCAGAGACGAUAAUGGAGGAGCCGAUGACAAAACCGGAGGGGAUACCUCCAAGCCGGGAAACAACGAGACGACGCCAAGACAGGCGAAAAUGCGUCAGAACUGGAAAACAUAA